AGUGAGGUGCACGGGAGCCCGCCGGCCUCUCUCUGCCCGUGUCCGUCCGUGAAAUUCCGGCCGGGGCUCCCCGCGAUGGCCCUCCCGACACCUUCGGACAGCACCCUCCCCGCGGAAGCCCAAGGACGAGGACGGCGAAGGAGACUCGUUUGGACCCCGAGCCAAAGCGAGGCCCUGCGAGCCUGCUUUGAGCGGAACCCGUACCCGGGCAUCGCCACCAGAGAACGGCUGGCCCAGGCUAUCGGCAUUCCGGAGCCCAGGGUCCAGAUUUGGUUUCAGAAUGAGAGGUCACGCCAGCUGAGGCAGCACCGGCGGGAAUCUCGGCCCUGGCCCGGGAGACGCGGCCCGCAAGAAGGCAGGCGAAAGCGGACCGCCGUCACCGGAUCCCAGACCGCCCUGCUCCUCCGAGCCUUUGAGAAGGAUCGCUUUCCAGGCAUCGCCGCCAGGGAAGAGCUGGCCAGAGAGACGGGCCUCCCGGAGUCCAGGAUUCAGAUCUGGUUUCAGAAUCGAAGGGCCAGGCACCCGGGACAGGGUGGCAGGGCGCCCGCGCACGCAGGCGGCCUGUGCGACGCGGCCCCCGGCGGGUGUCACCCUGCUCCCUCGUGGGUCGCCUUCGCCCACACCGGGGCGUGGGGAACGGGGCUUCCCGCACCCCACGUGCCCUGCGCGCCUGGGGCCCUCCCACAGGGGGCUUUCCCGGGCAAAUGCCGGGAGGACCGGGACCCGCAGCGCGACGGCCCGCCGGGCCCUUGCGCGCCCGCGCCCCCGGAGGCCUCCGCGCGGCAGGGGCAGAUGCAAGGCAUCCGGGCGCCCUCCCAGGCGCUCCAGGAGCCGGGGCGCUCGUCUGCACUCCCCUCCGGCCUGCUGCUGGAUGAGCUCCUGGCGAGCCCGGAGUUUCUGCAGCGGGCGCAACCUUUCCUAGAAACGGAGGCCCCGGGGGAGCUGGAGGCCUUGGAAGAGGCCGCCUCGCUGGAAGCACCCCUCAGCGAGGAAGAAUACCGGGCUCUGCUGGAGGAGCUUUAG